GAGGAAGCACACACCAGCAGUUAACACAAAAGAAGCUGUAAGCUCAAGAUGAUCCGUGCCUGCAUUCUUCUGGCUCUCGCCACCAGCACUCUCGCUGGUUUUGUCGGCACUACCGGCUACAGUGUUGGCUUGGCUGCUGCUCCAGCCGUGGCCACCAUUGCUCACGCUGCUCCAGUUGCCUCCUACGCCACUGUUGCCCACGCUGCUCCAGUUGCUACCGUGGCUGCUGCCCCAGUUACCUCCUACGCUGUUGCUCCAGCUGUGACCCGCGUCGCAACUCUUGCCCAUGCUACUCCAGUUGCUACCGUGGCUGCUGCUCCAGUUGCCUCCUACGCUGUUGCUCCAGCUGUGACCCGCGUCGCCACUGUUGCCCAUGCUACUCCAGUUGCUACCGUGGCUGCGGCCCCAGUUGCCUCCUACGCUGUUGCCCACGCCGCUCCAGUCGCAACCGUCGCCGCUGCCCCCGUUGCCACCUACGCUGCUGCACCAGCUGUCGCUGCCAUCCACGCCGCCCCAGCUGUUGCCACUACCACCGUCCACCAUGCCCCAGCUGUCGCCACGAUUGCCCACGCUACCCCAGCUGUCGCUGCCUACCACGCCACUCCAGUAUAUGGCUAUGGCGUUGGCAGCCUCGGCUACGGCGCUGGCCACUACGGGUUCGGCCAAGGUCUUCUCGGCUAUGGCCUAAACUACGCCUAUGGUCUCGGCACUCCCUACCACUACAGCGCACUUCUCCGCAAGAAGUAAACAAUUUGCCCUGUAGCAAGAAGAUGGACGAUGAUGGACUAAAUUGUUGCGUCUGUGCCAUGAUUGGCGCAACAGCGACCGUUGAAAGCCACAUCAAUAGAAAUAAAUUCGUUUACUUGAGUUUGUCAA